AUGCACGAGAUAGUACGGGUUUUUACGCCAUACGGAAUUGAUGUUAGCCGGCGCCAUCUGACACUUACAGCUGAUUAUAUGACAUUUUCGGGAAGAAUACAACCAUUCAGCCGUAGCGCAAUGGGUUUCAGCGCAUCACCAUUGCAACGGAUGACUUUCGAAACAACAGUAGCAUUCAUGCGUGAUUCACUCAUACACGGUGAUGAUGAUUAUUUGGCAUCGCCCUCAUCAAGACUGGUGGUUGGUGGAUUAUUGCGUGGUGGCACUGGUAUUUUUGAUUUGAUACUGCCGAAGCAUGAAGCUUUGGGAAGCUUUAAAAAAUCCUGUUAA